AUGUAUUUAAUUUCUAAAUUAAAUUUAAUCAUCGUCAUUAGUGUUGAGCAGUUCCGUAAUCUCUCUGAUAUUCUCCAUCUAUCAAAGGUAAACAUGGCCAGUCCGUUGUCCAAUGAGUCAAUUUCUCGAGUGAAGGAUAUGAUGAGUCUUCCAAAGGAGGAAUUGUUUGCAAAGCUUCAGAGUGAGCCGUUGUCGUUUUUCAAGAAUCUCAAAGAACUUCCUGAUGAAUAUGCCACAGUUGUCUAUGAGGCGCAAUCUGUAAUGGAUUCUCUCACUCCUCGUUGCAAGGGAAGAGAAGCCUAUGACUAUAUUGAACCGCUCGUUGAUUUGGUUAACAAAACAACUGUGGGGCUUGAAAUUAAAGAUGAUAAUGAGGCAAGGAAUCUGUCCCUUUUUUUAUCAAUUUUUCCUUUUUCUUUUAAGGAUAGAAAAAUUCUUUUUGGACAUCGACUUGUGAUUGAAGCUAGACUUAUUGCGGAAAUCGACCAUGUUUUGGAUAUUGCUUUGAAAAUUAGCGAGAAUUUGGAUCCGAAUAAUGUUAGCGAGGAUGAGGGAGACAAUAAAAUUGGGGUAAGUUUUGAGGAAAAUAUUGGGGGGAUGUGUUGUGGUAAUAAUAAAAAAUGUAGAAGUCAUGAAACGGGAAUUGACUUCAAAAGGGGGGAGGAAACUAAAACAAAUUUAGCUGAUUAA